AUGAAUCGAAUCAUUCAUCUCCGCUCAACUCGGCCAACCCUAGCCUCCCUUUGCCGCCUAUUCUCCGCCGCGACGGAGAGUGGAGACUUGGUGAAGACUCGGAGCGGAGGAGACAAAAAAGAAGCGAGAGGAGGAGGAAGAGACAGUCUAGGAGGGAGGCUACUAAGCCUUACGUAUACAAAACGCAGCGCCGUCGUUACUAUCCGUAAAUGGAAAGAAGAAGGCCAUUCCGUUCGCAAGUACGAGCUUAAUCGGAUCGUUAGGGAGCUCCGUAAGAUCAAACGAUACAAACACGCUCUUGAGAUAUGUGAAUGGAUGGUUCUGCAGGAAGAUAUAAAGCUGCAACCUGGUGACUAUGCUGUUCAUUUGGAUUUAGUUUCUAAGAUCCGUGGGUUGAAUAGUGCUGAGAAGUUCUUCGAAGAUAUGCCUGAUAAAAUGCGAGACCAUGCUGCUUGCACAUCUCUUCUCCACAGCUAUGUGCAGAACAAGCUCUCUGAUAAAGCUGAGGCCUUGUUUAGAAGGAUGGCUGAUUGUGGUUUCUUGAAGUCCUGUCUGCCUUACAAUCACAUGCUCUCCAUGUACAUCUCGAAAGGGCAGUUUGAGAAGGUCCCGGAGAUGAUUAAGGAGCUUAAAAGCAAAACAUUGCCUGACAUUGUUACGUAUAAUCUAUGGCUCACUGCUUUUGCCUCUGGAAAUGAUGUGGAAGCUGCGGAGAAAGUUUAUCUUAAGGUGAAGGAAGCAAACCUGAGUCCGGACUGGGUGACUUACAGUGUGCUCACGAAUCUGUAUGCUAAGACUGAUAAUCUCGAAAAGGCGAAACUUGCUUUGAAGGAGAUGGAGAAGUUAGUCUCUAAGAAAAACAGGGUUGCUUUUGCAUCUCUCAUAAGUCUGCACGGGAACUUGGGGGAUAAAGAUGGAGUUGACUCAACCUGGAAGAAGAUUAAGUCAUCUUUCAAGAAGAUGAAUGAUGCAGAGUACCUGAGCAUGAUAUCUGCAGUGGUGAAGCUUGGAGACUUCGAGCAAGCCAAAGGUUUGUACGAUGAAUGGGAGUCUGUUUCUGGGACAAGAGAUGCUAGAAUCCCGAAUCUAAUCCUUGCUGAGUACAUGAACAGAGACGAGACUCACCUAGGAGACAAGUUUCACGAACGAAUGGUGGAGAAAGGGAUAAACCCUAGCUAUUCUACAUGGGAGAUUCUCACAUGGGCUUAUUUGAAACAUAAAGACAUGGGGAAAGUGUUAGAUUGUUUCGGGAAAGCCAUUGAUGCUGUGAAGAAAUGGACUGUGAAUGUAAGGUUGCUUAAAGCAGUGUGCAAGGAACUCGAGGAGCAAGGAGAUGUUAAAGGAGCAGAGAAGCUUAUGACUAUCCUACAAAAGGUUGGUCAUGUGAACACUCAGCUCUACAAUUUUUUGUUACGUACAUACGCCAAAGCCGGUGAAAUGGCACUCAUAGUUGAUGAGCGAAUGUCAAAGGACAAUGUAGAGAUGGAUGAAGAGACUAAGGAGCUUAUAAGACUAACUAGUCUAAUGCGUGUGACUGAAAUCUCAAACACCAUUUCUUAAGCUUAAAAGCUGCAGUCUUAGUAUCGGUCUGCAACUUUCACAAACCGAGGAAAACUUAAUAUUUUGGAACGAAUCCAUCAAAGCCUUUUUGCUAUGUUAGAGACUCCCAAGUCCUGUGGAAUGGAAAUGCUUGUCUUGAAUCAGGCAAUUAGAACUCAAGGAGAGUGGUCUGUCCAAAGCUGCAACGGAUUGCUGGUGAUGAUGUCAAAUGAUCUUUGAGAGGUUGACUAACUGAAAAACCUACUUCAACUCUUCUUGUUGGGUAGUUAUGACUCGUGUUUAGCAUAUGUAGGCUUCAAAGACUUGUGUCCAAAGUGGAUUCGUUUGCUUAGUCAACCAUUUUAACUAUAAAGAAUAUAUUUGAUAUAUUAAAUUAGGUGUCUAAACUUUCACCAAGUGUUAUAUAAACUUAUAGCUUUUAAGCUGGUUGGUAAACUACAACAUUUGGUUAAUUGUUCGAAUCUUAUUCUUU